AUGUCGAAGCAACCAUCUCAGAGCUCCUGGCAGCCUACGGGCACUCUUGACGCCGACGCUCCUCCUCCCUACACGGAACACGAGCAACCGCGUGCGACGACAGCCGGCAACCCCCGACAUGUAGAUCCUCCAAAACCAUACCUCGACAAAGCUAGUCUGCGUAUCGCAGAUCAUCUGGAGGAUUCCAUCGCCGACUUCAACGAGAGCAUUCGAGGUGAGCCGCAAGGGUCCAAGAUCGAAGCCGUCUUCCUCCCCAAAACUGCCUUUGACGAUGGCUGGAAACUGCCUGGCGCGACUCUGGUCAACACGGUCAAGCCUGGCGCGCAGGCAUCUACCAUGGGAGAUCAACGCAGGCUGUUUCACGUCAGGACACCUUCCGAUGUGAAUGACCCGGAUCUGAAGCCUCACGAGGGAGCGUACGGCCAUGGGAACGCCUCGAGCAGCUCGUCCACGGAGGCCUUUGACGGCUGGGGUCGCUGGGACGCGGGACGCAACAAGAGCUCUAGCAAUGAACUCUGGUUCACCAGCCGCGAGCUGGCGGCCGAGCUGGUCGAGUAUCUCCGUCACGGCUCCGGGGCCUCGCGCUAUCUCAACGUUGACCCGCCCACCCGUGGGCUUGAUGUGGAGGACGUCACGCUGCGCCGGCAGACGCCCAUGGGCCUCUACGAGAGCAAGGCUGGCUUUGCAAUUGUCAUUGAGGGGAGGCGGCUAUACAUGGAGGGCCCUUAUAAUGUCCUCGUGACCGGCUCGUCAGGUCACCUGGGCGCAGCUCUUAUGCUCAAGCUGCCCAGCCUCGGCUACUCACCUCUAGGCAUCGACAUUCUCACCUCGUCGACGACGCACCAUGUCGGCUCCGUGUCGGAUCGCAGCUUUAUCUCUUCCAUCGUCGCUGCCAAUCCGACCAUCACUCAUGUCGUCCACGCGGCCACGCUCCACAAACCUCACAUUGGAAGCCACACGCAGCAGGACUUUAUCGACACCAACAUCACAGGCACCCUCGUCCUGCUCGAGUGCGCCGCCACACUGCCCACCCUGCAGAGCUUCGUCUUCAUCAGCACGACCUCGACCUUUGGCUCGGUCCUGAGCCCGGCACCAGGCCAACCCGCCGUCUGGAUCGACGAGUCGGUCACGCCCUCGCCCAAGAACAUUUACGGCGUGACAAAGUGCGCCGCCGAGGACCUCUGCCUGCUCGCCUCCAAGCAGAAGCAGGCUUCGCUGCCCGUCGUCAUCCUGCGCACGUCUCGCUUCUUCCCCGAGGGCGACGAUGACGACGAUCGUCGUGCCAGCAUGACCGAUGACAACCUCAAGGUCCUUGAGCUGGCCUACCGACGCUGUGACAUUGCCGACAUUGUCACGGCCUGUGAUUUGGCCAUGCAGCGUGCCCGAACGCUGAGCGGCGAGCGCUUUGUCAUCAGCGCACCGCCGCCCUUUACGAGGGACGAGGCGGUGUUGAGAGCGCUGAACGAAGACUCUCGCAGCGUCUUCUCCCAAUGCACGCCCAAGGCCCUUGAUGUGUUCGAGACCAAGGGUUGGAGGUUUCUGCAGAGGAUGGACCGCGUGUACGACUCGCGCAAGGCUAUGGAGAUGCUGGGCUGGCAGCCGCAGUACACUUUUGACAGGGCGGUGCAGACGGUGGCGGAGGGGAGGGAGUGGAGGAGCGACCUUGCACUGCAGGUGGGCAAGAAGGGGUACCACGCUGUCUCGACGGGUGUGUACACAGCGCGGUGA